AUGCAGAGGCUGCUAUUCCGCCUUCCGCUCCGCCAAUGCCCCAGAGCUCAGUGCGGCCAGAGGAGAAUAUUUAGCAAACUAUGCAUUCGCUUCAAUUCAUCAGUUGGUGAGGCUUCUUCGAAGGUACCACUGAAGAAUAGCACCAAACCCUCAGGGCGGAUUUUGCAAGCUCCGGUUCGCACAGCACCGGGCAAAUUAACAAAAAAUGAACCUACAAAACUUGAAGAAAUUCUUAUCUAUCACGCGGGUACGGGAAAGAUAGCCUUCAUUGGUAUGAUGCGCAUCACCACCCUCCUUAUAUUUGGCGUUUCCUGUCUGGUUGUCGCCCCAGCUUUCUAUUACUCCAGCGACCUCCCCUGGUACAUCGCUCCAGCCGUUGUCAUUGGCGGUUCCUUUCCCAUGCUAUUCGUCCUCUACACCACAGCUCCCUUCGUCAACCUCAUCUACCUCAGGCUUCCCCAUGCCGCCAGACAGACACGACAGCGCACACAAUUCUAUUUGAAAAAUGUACCGCAAAACGCGAUAUUGAAUAUUGAAACCAUGAAGUUGAAUUUUUACUUUCGAAAAACUGAGGUGGCGCUUUCUGACCUGACACUGGGGCGCUCAACCCUCCGGCCAGUUAAUAUAAUUAACACCAAUCCAACCCCUCAGCAGUGGUGGAAAGGAAAUAAUACUUAUUUUUAUGCACCAGCUAAAACACGUCUCAGUUCGAAACCAACUUCAAAGUACUUCCCAGAAAUAUGGGAAGGGGUAUUUGCGAAAAUCAAGCAGAAUACUCCCAGUGGAGCGAGUUGA